AUGACAGUCAAUGACGAUGAACGCUUUUGGGAUCGCGCUGCCGAAAAAUACUCAACGAGCAAAGUGGGUGAUCAAGCAGGCUACGAACGAACACUAGAAAAGACGAGGGGCUUUCUCAAGGACAGCGAUUCUGUGCUGGAACUGGGUUGUGGUACUGGCUCAACUGCACUUGUUCUUGCGCCAUGCGUUCGCCGAUAUCUUGCCACGGACCUGUCGCCAAACAUGAUCGACAUUGCACGGAGAAAACUAGCCAUGGAACCUUCGCUCACUGGCCUCGAGUUUUGCGCAACAACAGCCGAUGCCCUGUCGAGCAAGGCGUCCAGGUAUGAUGCAGUCCUCGGCUUCAACUACCUGCACCUUGUGCGAGACCCCUCCACCACUUUGCAAAGCAUUCACACACUGCUGAAUGCUAGAGGUCUGUUUAUCAGCAAGACGCCGUGUCUCGGAGAGAUGAAUCCGCUUCUACGAUGGGUGGCUCUCCCGGUCAUGAAUACAUUCGGUUGGGCACCGUAUGCGGGCAGUUUCACCGCCGCUAGUCUCAAGAGUAGCAUUGCGGCCGCUGGGUUUGAGAUUGUCGUCGAUGAGAUACACGGCUCCAAGGGCAAUGAUAAGCGUCCGUAUAUUGUCGCGCGCAAAUUGUAG